AUAUCAUAAGCCUCGUCGUUUUAUUCCACAUGGUUUUCUAGGUAACCAAAUUCUCGGAGGUGCGUUGCAGGGCCAUCUUCGCAUCCCGGCCAUGCCCAGCAGGACGGUGUUCUCUAAAAGGCACCGAUGCCCCAUUUCAACCCCAAGGAGACUGCGGACCUCGACUUGCGGCCCCCACCAGGGCCGGUCCGCCCUCACUCCACCCUCUGAGGCUGGGGCGGAGUCGACCGGCCGGCCCCGAGACCCCUCGCCUUCCUCGUGAAGCAAGGCCCCGGAAGCCGCGGCUCUUACAUAACCCGGAUGAUGUAAGGGCGGGCGACUCUCGCGGGGCGGGACCAGGGCGGAGGCCGCGCCGGGAGCGCGGCGGGGCUUGGUGUGCGGCGCGCCCGCCAUGUCCCUGUACCGCAGCGUCGUGUGGUUCACCAAGGGGCUGCGCGAGGACACCAAGAGUGGCUAUGAAUCUGCGUCCAAAGACUUUGUGCCUCAUAACUUGGAGGUCCAGGUUCCUGGAAGAUUCUUCUUGGUCACUGGAGGAAACAGCGGCACUGGCAAAGCAACUGCCCUUGAAAUCGCUAAGCGAGAUGGCACAGUUCACCUGGUUUGUCGAGAUCAAGCCGGCGCAGAAGAUGCCAGGGGUGAGAUCAUCCGGGAGAGCGGUAACCAGAACAUUUUUCUGCACAUUGUGGACUUGUCUGAUCCCAAGAAAAUCUGGAAAUUUGUUGAAAAUUUCAUGCAGGAACAUAAACUCCAUGUUCUGAUCAAUAAUGCAGGUUGCAUGGUCAAUAAAAGAGAGCUCACAGAAGAUGGACUUGAAAAAAACUUUGCUACCAAUACUCUGGGUGUGUACAUUCUCACGACCGGCCUGAUCCCUGUGCCGGAGAAAGUACACGACCCCCGAGUGAUAACCGUCUCCUCAGGAGGAAUGUUGGUUCAGAAACUGAACACCGAUGAUCUCCAGUCCAAAAGAAGCUUUGAUGGAACUAUGGUCUAUGCACAAAACAAGAGACAGCAAGUGGUUCUGAUGGAGCGGUGGGCCCAAGGGCACCCGGCCAUCCAUUUUUCUUCCAUGCAUCCUGGCUGGGCUGACACCCCAGGUGUGAGGCAGGCGAUGCCGGGGUUCCACGCCAGGUUCAGGGACCACCUGCGCUCCAAGGCCCAGGGCACGGACACGGUGCUGUGGCUGGCCCUCUCCUCUGCCGCAGCCGCGCAGCCCAGCAGCCGCUUCUUUCAAGAUCAGAAGCCAGUUUCUACACACUUGUCUCUCACUAGAACGUCCUCCUCACCGGCCAAAGAGGAGAAACUCAUUGAAAUCCUAGAGCAGCUGAGACAUUUAAAUAGACCAACCGAGGCACAGCGUGGUACCAGAAUUGCCUUAGAAAAUACCAGGUGUGGUCUAGGGGCCAGUGAACAAGACCCCACUUCAACUUCCCCUCGAAGACGUUGUGCCUUACAGUGAGGGGCCUACAAGGGCUGGGAACUUUUAUUUCAAAAUAAAUACUGCCGGGGCUGUGAUCAGGCUGACCUUGACUCCUGCAGCAGGUUCUUUUCUUAAGUCUCUCAUUUAUUCGAGAAUGUGGUUUUCUAAAGAAUUCGAAGUUUGAGAUGAACCACCAUUGCCAGUCUGAGGGAACCCAGGGUUGGAGGCGGCAGGAAUGCCCCGCUGUGGACUCCACUUUCCCUCCCUUUCUCAGCUCCUCCAGUGUCAGAGGCUGCUGCUGGCCCCAGGAGAGGGCUGGACACUGCCUUUGCUGUGGAUGGUCCCAGGAGCACAACGUAACCAAGGGACGCUGCAUAUUUACAUAAACAAUUGAAUGAGGCCUAGUUUACAUUUGCUUAAGAGUGGCUUCAGUAAUGCAUGUGGCAUUCUGGUACUACACUUUGAUGAAACCUCUCAUUUACACCAUUUUACCUCUUAGUGACACCAGGAAAAGUUGUAAUAAAACCAAUGAGCAGAUUUAGAAUACAUCUAUAUACAUUCUUCGUGUCCGUGGUGGAAUCACCGUAACUCAUCCCCCACAGCAGAGGAAAACCAGACGGCUGCAGCUUCCCAGUGGUCCUUGAGACACUGAUCCAAGGCUCAUCAGCCAAGGGCCACAAGGAAGGGAUUUUUCUGGGUGUGCCAGCCUGAAACAUCUUUCUGACAAAAGGAGGCGCUAUCAAGCA